AUGGUUUCCAUAUUGAAUAUCACCAUGCCUAAGAAGUUUGUCCAGCUGCUGGUUUAUAACAUGACUCUGAUUGAAAUUGUUCUAAGUAGGAAUGUGCUAAUUUGGCCUACAGAUGGUAGCCACUGGUUAAAUAUUGAGAUCAUUCUAGAAGAAUUAAUUCAAAGAAAUCACAAUGUGACUGUACUGGCAUCCUCAGCAACUCUAUUCAUCAAGUCCAAUCCUGACUCUCAUGUCAAUUUUGAAUUGAUUCCUGUUUCCUACAAGAAGAAUCAUAUAGAUUCCUUGAUUGAACAAAUGAUAAUGCUGUGGAUAGACCAUAGACCAACUCCUCUCACACUUUGGACUUUCUACAAAGAACUAGGAAAACUCCUAGAUGUGUUCUUUCGAAUUAAUAUACAGAUCUGUGAUGGAGUAUUAAACAACUCCAAGCUAAUGGCAAGACUGCAGAAAGGCAGUUUUGAUGUGUUGGUAGCAGACCCAGUAACAAUGUGUGGAGACUUGGUGGCUCUGAAAUUAGGAAUCCCAUUUAUAUACACCUUGAGGUUCUCUCCAGCCUCAACAGUGGAGAGACACUGUGGAAAAAUCCCAGCACCUGUCUCCUAUGUACCUGCAGCCUUAUCAGAGCUCACUGACCAAAUGACCUUUGCUGAUAGGGUUAAAAAUACCUUAUCCUAUUCUCUGCAAGACUAUAUAUUUCAAUCCUACUGGGGAGAAUGGAAUUCAUACUACAGCCAAGUUCUAGGAAGACCCACUACAUUAUGUGAGACUAUGGGGAAAGCUGAAAUUUGGCUAAUGCGAACAUAUUGGGACUUUGAAUUUCCUCGUCCAUACUUACCUAAUUUUGAAUUUGUUGGAGGAUUGCACUGUAAGCCUGCCAAACCUUUACCUAAGGAAAUGGAAGAAUUUGUCCAGAGCUCAGGUGAAGAUGGCAUUGUGGUGUUUUCUCUGGGGUCAAUGGUCAAAAACCUCACAGAAGAAAAGGCCAAUCUCAUCGCGUUAGCCCUUAGCCAGAUUCCACAGAAGGUUUUAUGGAGAUACAAAGGCAAAGAACCAGCUACAUUAGGAGCCAAUACUCGACUCUAUGACUGGAUACCCCAGAAUGAUCUUCUUGGUCACCCCAAAACAAAAGCUUUUAUCACUCAUGGUGGAACGAAUGGGAUCUAUGAAGCUAUUUAUCAUGGGGUCCCUAUGGUGGGAGUUCCCAUGUUUGCUGAUCAGCCUGAUAACAUCGCACACAUGAAGGCCAAAGGAGCAGCUGUGGACGUGAACAUGAACACAAUGACAAGUGAAGAUUUGCUCAGAGCUUUGAGAACAGUCAUUAACGAACCCUCUUAUAAAGAGAAUGCUAUGAGGUUAUCAAGGAUCCACCAUGACCAGCCUGUGAAGCCCCUGGACCGAGCAGUCUUCUGGAUCGAGUUUGUUAUGCGCCACAAAGGAGCGAAGCACCUCAGGCCAGCUGCGCACGACCUCACCUGGUUCCAGUACCACUCUCUGGAUGUCAUUGGGUUCCUGCUGGCCUGUGUGGCAACUGCUAUAUUCUUGGUCACAAAAUGCUGUGUGUUCUCUUAUCAAAAAUUUGGUAAAAAUGGAAAGAAGAGAAAGAGGGACUAGAUCCUUCCAUUUCAGCAGAUGCCUAAGUGGAGCAAACCUACUUAUUCUAGUCACAACAAGCUUAUUGAGAACUUUUUGCCUCCUUCUUUUCCAAUUCCUGUUCCACUACUUUAGCCUAGUGGCAAGGCCAAGACCUUGACAUUAAGUAGUGAGUGUGUCCCAUUCUUCCUUUGUCUU